AUGCUGUUCAGCAAGAACAUCACCCUCUCGGCCAUAGCCACUUUGCUUUCACUGGCGCAACUCGGGCGCGCGGACAACUGCACCGAUGCUCCCAGAGUACCUGGGACAUUCAUUGGGGUUGGGUUCUCCGACGACAAGAAGAACCUGUACAAUUGUGAUACCAAAUGGAUCGAAGGUCUCGUUGUCACUGGCAUGGAAGUUUGGUCUUCUCAGUGGCAAGUCAAGGGUAUCCGCCUGACCUAUUCCGAUGGCACCCAGUCCCCGAUCCGCGGAAGAACAGACAACUUGAACCAGUGGGGUUCUAAGAUCAGUGGAAAGAGUGGCCCUCCUCCUGACAAUGGCUACGGAUGGGACAGGAUCGAGUGGGGUGCUGGAGAGAUCGACAAAGUCAGACUUUGGGUCAACUACAACAACGGCGAUGGUCCAAAUGCUGUGGGGAGAGUUCAGAUCUGGCCUAAUGGUGCAGACAAUGAUCAGAAGAGAAUUCUCGAUGUCGGCAGUGAUGUUGGUGGCGAUGGUGGUGGUAUACUUGUCGACAACCUCGGGAGCGGCGUAUUGAUUGGGAUGCGCACUCAGUCUGGAGACUUCCUGGACAGCCUGGAGUUUGUGUUCAUGGACGGCAAGGUCGAGAGCGCGGAGAUCGUGCAUAUCGAGUGGCCCGAAAGUAUUGACGAUCUCAAUAAGAAACACGGUACUAUCACAGAAGAGAGCGCAGGAGGUGGCUGGAUUCAGAAUUCGAAUCGAGUGGGCGGUCAAUUGCAAGAUUGGGAUUUCGGCAGUGGGAUUUCCAAAACACAAACCCGGACCAUUACCCAGCAGACCACUGAGAUUAUGGGAGGCAGCGUUUCCGUCUCAGUUUCCGCCUCGAUUCAAUUCCCUGUCAUCGGAGUCAGCGUUACGGUUGGCGGUGAAGCUCAUUGGGAGAGCCAGAGCAUGAAGUCAACUGCCGUCAGCGACACCACCACCUACCCAAUGACAGUUACGCAAAAGAGUUCCACCAAUGGACCACUAUAUCCACAGCAUGCAAUCCAUUGCACUGUGCUUACCUCCACCAGCAACUACAAUACCGAGUACACGUCGACUGUCCGUGCGACCAUGUCGAACGGCAAAACGUUCGAUAUCAACCAACGCGGAAAGCUGGUUUCUGUCCUUUACACGGAGGGGAGGUCAAAGUGCUACACGGUGAAGAUCAAUGAUAUACCAUCAGAUGCAGAUGUCAACGAGGGCGACAAUAUCCCUGGAUCAGAGUCUCCGAGCUACUCGCCUAGCUCUUCAGCUUCGUCGCCGAGCUCUUUGCCUGUCUCCGCGGCUCCAUCACCAAGGACACCCGCUCCACCUGCAGUUCCGAAGCGCGCAAUCGCUUUCCAGGGGUAG